AUGAUGGACAGCACAUCAGAAGUAGAGUCCGAUGCAAGUUCUGCAGAUGGUGUGGCCACAAACGAACAGCUAAAGCGUCGAGUCCAGUCUUUACAACAAGAAAAUCGAGUUCUGAAGACGGAAGUUGAUACCCUCAAGUUGAAAAUACGUGGUCUGAAUGAAAUGAACCAACAACUUCGGCAAAAUAGCGUCAACAUCCAAGCAAAAGCGGAACAAGAGGAAGAGUAUAUCAGCAAUACAUUGUUGAAGAAAAUUACAGAAUUGAAGAAAGAAAAAGAGUCAUUGGCUCUAAACUACGAACAAGAAGAAGAAUGUUUGACGAACGAGUUGAACCGCAAGUUUACUCAACUACGUCAAGAAAAAGUGGCCUUGGAACAGACUCUUGCUCGCGAGCAAGAAGACCAAGUUACGAAGCUGAAAAUGCGAAUUGAAAAGUUGGAAACCGACAUGAACAAUAAGCAGAACUGCUUGGACAAGUUACGGCGAGAAAAAAUCGAGUUGGAAAAUGCGCUGGAACAAGAACAAGAGGCAUUGGUCAAUCGAUUGUGGAAGAAAAUGGAAAAGCUGGAGCAUGAGAAACGUACACUUCAGGAGAAAUUGGAGUCCUUAGGUGCAUUGCUAUCUGCCAGUUCGAGCAACCAAAGUCUCGCCAGUGUGCCUCCGUUAAGCACAUCAGGGAACGGUAGUACACAAGGUGGAGCCGGUGGUUUACUAUCUCAGACGGCACCUCAACGGCCCAUUAGCAGCGGUCCAGGCAGUUUACGAGGUUCGUUGCGUCACCAUCCCCCUCAUGGAUCAUCUGUGUCGUCGGGAGUGAAUCCAGGGUUGAUCAAUCCUGGUUCCACGUCUGCUGCAUCAGGUCUUCAAUCACAAAGCCCAGGCCAGUCUCCUGGUAGGCCGCUUCCUCCACCGCUUUCCGUGUCCAUCACGAGUUCGGGAGAUCCUCGUUCUGGCUCUCAUUUGCAACACGGUCAGUUGAAUCAGAGCGCAUCAUUAUCAGGGGAGUUACUUAUGGUAAAAACACCGGAUGCGACCAACAUUGCUCCACCACAAAGCCCAAUGGAUGUUGAUUUUGCAGAUUCCGGUGCUGGCGCAACUUGUGGCUCGCUUAAUCAGCCUCAUUCACAAAACCAUAAACCGCUAUCUACCCCCAUGGCCGUGACCAAAACGGAGGCUCCAAACUCGGCCGUAUCUGGGAACGGGGCCCCUAACUGGGAUUCGCAUAUCACGGCCGUUUAUGUCAAUCGGUUGCGUGAUGAGGUGUGUCAUCUUCGCCAGUUGCUAGCCAUGCACGAGGCGGAGAAUGCUAGCAAAAUGCCCAUGUACGAGUCCGAGGAGCGAUCGGCAAUCGAGGAGAAUCGCCGUUUGCGAAAAAUGCUUCAAAUGGAGAAAGAGCGUCGUGAGGCUCUAUCCAGACAAUUAAGCGAAAGCGAAUCGAGUUUGGAGAUGGAGGACGAACGUCGGAGUCACGGACACACACCUCGAUCUGCCGGUUCUGGUGGCCGUUGCAGUUGUUGUUCCCCAUCCUCUUCCCCUGGAAAACCUUGCGCCAUUCACCAAGUCCCCUUACCAAAUUCCCCAGCCACUCCGACUACUUCAUCCAGUGGUGCACCGGCAUUCGUCAAACCGGCUAAUCGGGUAUCUCUGAGUGGUAUGCCCGAUCGAGCCAGUUCAAGUAGCCAUCCUAACGACCCAUCCUAUUCGGUUAAACGCCUUUCCUCUGCUUCCUAUUCGUCCUCAAAUGAACAGCUGCUUUUUGGGGACAUGGACACUCAUAGUUCACUUCAUGAUGGCGGUGGUUCUGUGGGACGGCGAAAUGUGAAUGUGGAUGAUGAUGAUGACGACGACGAGGAUGAUGAUGCGCGUUGUGCCACACCUCCUGUAUGCCAGCCAGAUUCUACAAAAUGA